AUGGCGCAAACAUUUAAUCAACAACAGCAAGUUCAACACCAAACUCAAGCACCAGAAUAUACUUUGCCUGGUGUACUCCAUUUCUUGCAGGUUGAAUGGAGACGUUAUGAACGUGAUAGAAAUGAGUGGGAGAUCGAACGUGCUGAGAUGAAGGCACGCAUUGCGUUGUUAGAGGGAGAGCGUCGAGGAAUUGAAAGGAUGAAGACAGAUUUAAUGAGGCGCAUUAAAAUGUUAGAAUAUGCUUUAGUUAAAGAAAGGGGUAAAUAUGUAUCUAACACAAAUAAUAGUCAGUCAAAAGAAACAUUUACAACAGAUACACCUGCAAAUGAAGAAGGACCUGAUUCACCUAUAACGCUUAAUAAUAAUAAUGCAAUUCCACAAAAAUCAUCACCGUCAAUUGAACCAUUAACUACAGAGACAUCAAAAUACAAAAAUUUGGCUUUAUCUAGAGAUCCUAAAAAUCGUAUAAAAAGCCGAGAACUAUUAAAGGAAUGUUUACAAGAGAUUAAUUACCUUACUAACGUUGCAAAGGAUAAUGGAUCUAUGAUAAAUAAAAUUUUAAAUCGUCCGACAAGUUUGGAUGGAAACAACAAUAAUAACAAUUCAUCAAGGAAGCCGAAUAAUAGAAGUGGCACAGUAUUACUCGGAAUAAAUACAGAUUCCUACAACGAUUAUAACAGCGGCAACAACAACAACAUUAAUAUUGAUCAUACCAUGUCAACAAAAAAGCCAAAUAAUGUUGUAAUAAGGCCUUCUAGACCUGCUCCAACAAUACCACAAGUAACUUCACCUAUAUUACCAACUAGUUCUUCUAGUCCACCACUAGAAAAUCAAAUCCCUUCCCCAAUAAGUUCUAAUUCACUCGGACAACAAAAAGAUGGUUCAUUUUAUUCAAUAUCUAAAUACAAUAGUAACCAAAGUUUACAAAGAGAUGAUUUAUUAUCUUCGGAUCGAGAAGAUGCAUUUUUUACUCAAUCAAAUAUGAAUGACCUUUCAUCAAAAAAUUGGGGUGAAUCGACGGCCAGUAACGAUGAAAAUCGAAUUCCCUUUUCAUCUGGGUUAUACCAACGUACAAAUCUAGCUUCAAAAGAAAUUUCGGAUGAUAAUAAUGAGUCAGGAUCUUAUAGUCCAAAGGCCGAAGAAUUCCAAAAAGAUGAUGAUAAUGGUAAAAGUUUUGUUGAUCCAAAAAAUGAUGAUAAUUGGAAAACAUUAAAUGAUCUUAAAAACAAAAAUAAAUCAGUGAAAAAUAAAGAAAUGAAACCUGAAGAAGAAGAACAAUUGACAAAAGAUCUUCAAGAAAAAUUUAAACUUUCAGACGGUGAUUUGUCAAGAGUGUGGAAAAAUACAAUGAAGCAAUCGAAUAAUAUUUCUGACCCACAACUAGAUGGUUUGAAAUUUUCUGUUGAAGAUGAUGAAAAUCUACCAAAGCCAGAGCUUGAUGGUUUUCAAUCAAAUGGAACAGAUAGGAAAAUGUGGAGGCCAAGAUUUACAUUAAGAGGUCACCUUGAUACCAUAAGAAGUCUUUCGUGGCAUAAAUCAGAAUUAAUGUUUAUAUCAGGAUCAGACGACGGUACUUUAAAAUUAUGGGAUCUCAAAGGGCCUGCAAUCAACAAGUAUGAGUUAUGGAAAUAA